UGGCAGUGCAUCCCCUGAAAGCACCUGAUUUAUUUUUAUUUCUUAAAGGUUUAGGUGCUUUCUGAAGAUCUGGAGACUCUGACCCAAGGGGAUAUAAUUUGUCCCUUUGGAUGUGUGAUUUGCUUCUUGCAUAUUUGGCCAUUUGAAGAUCACAGUUGGGCAAUGUUUUGGGCAUCCGCCUGAGUUUUACAGAAGCCAAGGAAGCUCUUUUGCCCAAUUUCCACAGCAGCUUGGCAAGACCCCUGACCCUAUUAGCUGGAAGGUGGGGCUUGCUUGCGUUACUGUCUGGGGCAAGACUUCUCUCUGUCAGAGCUGAGACAGCACUGCUGCACGUUCUCCACUCCUGGCACCUUGCUAAAGGCUGUUUGACUUGUGAAGCCGUUUACAGGCUAAUGCAACGAUGGCAGCCAAAAGCAAGCAGCUAAUGCAGAACGGAACCCCUAAGGGAAAUGAUAACGCAUUGGAGAGGGUCUUGCACCUACCGGUGGUCAAUUCAGCAUGCAGCAACCUCCAGAAGGCAUAUUCCGUCACCAAACAAGUUCAUCCCCUGAUGGCGUCCAUGUGUGGGGCUUAUGAGCGAGGCCUCCAGAAUGCCAGCUCCAUAGCUGCAUCGAGCGUGAAGCCUGUGGUAAAGAAGCUGGAACCUCAACUUGCAGCAGCCAACAUCCUAACUUGUCGAGGUCUGGACCAUUUGGAGCAGAAGAUUCCUGCCCUCAACCAGCCAGUGGAGAAAGUUACAUCUGAUCUAAAGGACUCCAUCGUAACUUACAUGCAAAGUGCUAUGCGCUCAGUUAUGCACACCUUGGAUCGAGUCAUGGGACUGGGUGUCAAAAGCUGCAAGCAGCCCAAGGGUAGCUUGAGGGACACAGCAGAGUAUGCCAGGACCAGUCGAGUGAGCCAGCUGGCUGAAGCUGGAGUAGACGCGGCCAUUGGCAAACUGGAGAAGCUGGUGGACUUCUUCCUACCAAAAACUGAGCAUGAGUCAGUGCACAAGCCUCCGGUCAGGUGUGAGUUGAGCACCUUUGGAAGGAUAAGAUCUUUAGCUGCUACUGCUUUCCACCGUGCAUACAAAAAGACCACCCAAAACAUCCAGCACGUAAGAGACAAAGGGCAGGAUUUGGCAACGUGGAUCCCAGGUCUGGUUGUCUUGGCCCGGCAGAGCUCAAAGAAGGUCCUGAAGAUCAUCACUGGUGUUCAGAGCGCAGAAACCGGCUGGCUAAGCAAGAAGGUUCAGAAGGUGCCAAAGAAAGAGGAGGAAACCAAGAAAGAUGACACUGGGAGAAAGACAGCAAAGCAAGUCGAGGCACAGAGCUUGGUGGGCAGUGUGUCUCAGAACCUGCAGACGUCGUGCUUCUCCAUCGCCUCAAGGGUGAAGGAUGCCCCUGCUACUGUCUGGAAUGCAGCUGGGCAGCUUCUGCAGGUCUCUCCGCAGAGGGCCAUGUCUGAGGCAGGGGACAAAGUGGACCUGCUGAAAGAGACCUUUCAUAAUAUCACAAGCAACCUGCUGGGAACAUUCUCCUCCUAUGUACCUGUUCCAAAGAUCUCAGUGAAACAAGAGGAGACUGCAAGCGUGUCCAUGGCUAAUUCUGAGUCAAGUCAAGACCAGGAAGGUACCCAGCCUGUGAGCACAGAUGCUGAGGAGGAGAAGCGGGGGCUGGCGUAUCAGCUUCUAGGAAUUCGGCGGUCUAGCCGAGGUCAUCAUCCUCUCUCCUUCCUCAAUCUUGAUGAGCCCCUUCCUCCUCAGCCAGCCCCCUACCAACAUCGGAGCCCAGCCUUUGAAGCUGAGUAUGCAGGAUCCCGCAAAUCUGCCUUCUCCCCUUACAAGGAUUGGGCUGGCAGCAGGAGAAUGAGUGAAGGGCUGUGCCGCCCCAGUUCGCAGGUUGUGUACACCAGGGCUCAUGCAAGCCUCUAUAGCACCACCUUCAAGAAAGACUAAGCCAAUAAGAGGCCCAAACCCUCUGCUUAAUAACUUGUUCAGUCUCUUGAGUCUACUGCCCUUGCUGGCUUUGCAAGCUGUAUAACAUUAGAAUAUAUCAGGUAGAGCCCGGCCUCCUCAAAAAGAACAUUGUGGGGUGAGGAACUGACUCUACCCCUAGGAGUGUGUGAUCAGGAUAAGGACCACAGUACGUGAGGCUAGUAAUCCAUUUCCCCACACCAGAGAAAAAAUAUUCUCCUCCAAACCUUCUAUUCCUCAUCCAGGGAUGAAGAGAAAUAGCUUUGACGAUUCUUAUCAGGGCCACAACCUGAGGAGUUAUGUGUUAUCACCCCACACUGUGUCACACUCCUAAUCUUGUAUUUAAAACAAACAAACAAAACAAACCUCCAGACAUGUUAAAUAAGGAAUGGGGAACCUGUGACCCUCUGGUAGGGAUGGGUGACUCUGUCAAUUUCGUUUCUCUCAGGGGUUUUUUUUUAGUUCCGUAUUAGUUUUCAAUUUUUCUUUUUUUUAAAAAAAAAACCUUGUGAAAAUUAAUCGGCAUUUCAGGGCUAAUUUCUCUGAACAAAUGCAUGAUUUUUGCCUAAUAUGCACAUUUUUUUGGUCAAGGAAUUUCCCCAAAUACAAUGCAUUUUUGUAAGCUAAUUUCACUAACAUACUCAUUUCUAGGCACACUUUACCCAAGCGCGUGCAUUUUUUGAACACUCUAAUUGGCUGGAGAACGACACAGCAAAGUUUGAACAUGUGCAAAUCUGGAGGGACGGUUUAGUUUUGGCUCACGUGUUGUUUCGGAAAGUGUGAAUAAGGCAGGUUCACCUUUAAAUGCGAACUGGAUUUAAUUUCUCCCCAUUCCUACCUUCUUGAGUUUUGUUGGACACUAGUACAGUCAGUGGUCGUGAAUGAUGAACAUUGGAGGGCCACAGAUUCCUCAGCCCUGCCAAACGCAUUGACAUGCUUAACAUAACGCCUUGUUUGACCUUAAGAACCAUAGCUAAAGACAACCUUCCUUACUUGGUUGGGCUACUUACAUUCCCAGUUGGGGCUUUAAAUGAAUGGCAAAUCAGUGAUUUCCUCCUAGCCGACAGAAACAUGGAACCAUAGAAUUGUAGAGUUGAAAGGGACCACAAAGGUCAUCUAGUCCGAUCCCUUACAAUGCAGGGAUAUUUUGCCCAAUGUGGGGCUCGAAGCUACAACCCUGAGAUUAAGACCCUCAUUCUCUACCAAACUGAGCUAUCCCUGGCCAGCAAACACGCCUCCUUCGAUCAUCUAAAACCCCACCAUCAAGCUCAGGUGUAUCUGUGUGUUUUUAGUGUCUAUGACUUGUUAGUGUCAGAAAUGUAUAAUAUGAACAGUGAUUUUAUAUUUGGAAGCUUUUAUCUACUUUCCAUAAAUAAAAUAAUUUGCUAGACAUUA